CGUCUUCUCCAGAUCCUGGAUACUGCCCCCCCCCGAGCGAUGUAAUAUUCGAACCGCGAGAACAGGAGAGCGAUAUCGAGUGAUCUUCAGGAUAACUCGCGCCGGCGGAACGCGUUGAAUCGUCCUUCUUCUGCCAUGGGACGCCGGUAGCGGUAAAAUUUCCGCCCCGGUCCGCUUACCAUGGGGGUCUGCAGUGUAUCGCCCCCGUGGGCCGUGCUUCUAUUUGCCCUGCUUUGGGGGGGCCCCGCUCCCUGUGCGGCACAGACCUGCGUCAGCCACCCCAUGCCUAACAUGGUGAUAGACAUCGAGCCCGCCGUGUCCCAUGGCGUCCGCAGCGCCGAUCCUAUACACACGUCCACCAUGGAGGAAUGUUCUGCCGCAUGUUGCAGCGAGCACUCUAUAGCAGGUAACCGAGACUGCAACCUCUAUAUAUACGACACCCGCAAGAUACGGGCUCAUCCCAACUGUUAUAUGUUCAACUGUCCCACCCCGGAGUCCUGCAAAAUGACGCCGGCCGAGGGGGUUAUGAGCUACAGCCUGUGGACGGAAAGUUCCGGCGAUAAAGGUCCUUUGUAUUCAUCCGAAAAAAGGCAAAAGCAAGAACCCAUCUCCAGUAAGCGUGUUGAAAAGGUUGAUGCUGAAAGCUCAGCAGGCAAAGUGUCCGGGUCUGAGUUGCGUCCUCAGGUGAAGGGAUCUGGAUCUGCGGUACAUGCGCAAGGUUCUGUAGAACAGUCCCAAAGGGACGCAGCCAAGGAACCUGGUUCUACACUACGCUCCCAAUCCUCCGCGAGCAAAGAACCAGAUUCCGUGGUAGACGUACAGGGCCCUGGAAGAAAGGGGUCCAGCUCCAAGGCAGAGUCUUCUAGAAAAGAGUCAAGUAAAUCGCAAGGAGCUCUAGGACAACGUUCAGGCUCUGGGAGCGUGGCAGAAAAGUCUCACAAUCCAGGAUCUCUAGACAACGACCCUGCCGGGGAGCAGAGCCGGAUCACCACUCAGAUGCUCCGUCUGACCGAGAACAUUGAGAAGCACCUGGAUGAAAUGAUACAAGAACCAGUGCCCAAUCCAGACGACUCCCUCCAGACUUCUUAUCUCUCUCCAACCCAAGCUGAGCCUACAGUAGGAAAGCCGGUGACGACCGUCCAGCACAGGGGGCUUCAGCGGGGAGAAAAGGGACCGGAACUCAAACAAGCCAACGAGAGACGUCCCCCCGCAACAUUCCGCACGAUGCAUACUACGCGAGUGCCGGGCACGAGGCUUGGCACAAAUGUACAAAAACUUAAAGCCACCACAGCUGCCUUUCAAACUGUACCUGCUACGAAACGCAAUACAAUCCCUAACGGGCCAAGUUCUUUAUCUAAAGGCUUAGAAAAAGCCAUGGGUCAUGCUGGUUCUGGAUUUCGUCCGAGUCCCAAUCCAAAAGAUGCGCUUGUCCACCCCAAAACCAGCACAAGAUUUCAAGGUCUUCAAAAUGGACAUCUAACCAGGGUACCCGUACCAGUCACACCCCAUAGCCCUUUAAUCACUUCGAUUGCCAAGACCACAAGGGCAUCUAUUGAACCCACAGUUGUGACUCCUAAAGCGCCCAGAUCUACCAUGUUGACACCGAUGGAGGAAGUCAAAAGGCCCGUUGAGAGACCCAUCGAACUGGACACCUCUGGGUCCAAGCAGGACAACAUCAACGGCCUGGUAGCUGCCCUGGUCUUCGGAGUGAUAUUUCUGAUGGUUGUGAUUGGCCUUAUUGGCCGUAAGCUUUCCGAGGCUUACCGCAGACACCGGUACACCAAACUAGAUUACCUCAUCAACGGAAUGUACGUGGACACCUAAAGAACGCAUCGGCUUUUACAGGAGUUUACAGAAGAAUGAAAAAAAGGACUUUGCGUUCUGUUACCCCCUCGCACAUUUUACUUGCCCCCCUAUUUUUCUUUCGGCAUAAUCACCCAGUACUAAAGGGAAUUGUAAAAUGCGUUGUGAUCCUGGAUGUCAUGGCAACCCUGAUCAAAAAUGGAUGUUUUUUUUCCAUUUAUUCUGAGCCGACUCAAAAGUUUUUUGAACCUGGAGAUGAAUAAAAGUUUGAAGUCGUGGAACCUCGUUCUGUUUGCUUUCCUAUGUCUGACUGUCCGAUCGGUCUGGUUUUCAAAAGGCAAACCGUUAUUAAAACAAUGUACAAA